AUGUUAAAGAGAGCCAAAGGCCAUCCGAAUUUUCCUUCCACCAUUGAAUACUAUCAAAGGGCACGAGAAAACGAAGAUGCAGAUUUAGCGCGAAUAGACAGGGCUUUGGAUGAACAAAAAUCAACCCGCCAGCAGCUGGAGCGAGAACUAAAAUCUAAGCUACCAUCCUCAGCAUCAGAAGCGACAAUUAAGAAGCUGGAAAGCGAGGUGCGAGAGGCAAAGGCAGAGACCUCACAACUCCGUGAACAGAACCAGUCUCUGGAACACAUGCUCAAAAAAUACAACGACCGAUUUCUCAUUUUAGAGAAAGCGUUAAACGAGCAUGUCAGCACACAGACAAAGCAACAUCGGGAUAUUAAUCAACGAGUGGACCAUUUACAGGCGUCCUACAACGCAGACACAUUAUCGUCCAAGUUCGGUUUGGAAGUGAACGAACUCAAGCAAGAUCAAAAGACAAUCAAUGGCAGGCUUGAUCAGCUGUGGGACUCACACAAAAACUAUUCAGCCUCUCUCGAAAACGCCAAAAAACUGGAGGCGCAGCUGGAAACAAUAAGUGCUACGAAAGACCAUGGCAUAGAACCGUUGCAGAAAAGGCUGGACGAAAUCAGCAAACGUUUGAGCGCAUCUGAUGUUGUAAGGAGACGUUCUACAUCCGUGGACAAUUCUGCAUCUCAGUAUGAAUUUGAGGAAAUCAAAGGGCGCCUCGGUGCGCUGGAGCACAACUCUGCUACAAGAUCAAAGGUGCAGCACAUCGAGAAUAUGUUUGAUGAACUAAAAAACUUGCAGUCUGCAAAGGACGACCUGCUAUUAUCUGUAACGGAAGACCUACAGGACAAAAUGGCAAAAGCAGCUGACAAGUCUAUUAUUGUAUGGAAUGAAAUUGCACAUCUUUCAAAUGGUCUCAAGAGUUUAAGGGAAGAAAACCCAGCCGUUCAACAGGUCGCAACAGUUUCUGCAUCACUGGAGCAGGCGAAGAAAACUCUUGCUAGUGUGAAGGUGGGCAUGCACUCUUUGGAGACCAGGUACAAUAAUCUAUCGACUGAACACGUCGUCAAGAACAUGGUUGUUGCCAUGCAGGAAAUGUACCCCAAUAGUCUAAAAUCCCACGUGAAUAGCGCUCUGGAAGAUAAGGCCAUACAAUUGAAAGAACUCAACCGCCUAAGGCACGACCAUUCAAGCUUAUGCGAAUCGCUCGGGCCACUUUGGAAGGGAUACAAUUCCCUGGAACAGUUGCCUACUAAAGAGGUCCUUGAAAAACUGCAGACCAGUCUUAAUUCUCUGGAUGAGAAAAUCACCGGUUUCACGUCAAGCUUCGAUACGCAACUGAAGACAAAGGCGGACAAUGAUGUGAUCAUGGAGCACGUGGCCAUUGAGCGAGACGCCCUCACAAGUCGAAUCAAUGACAUAGCAAGCGAGCUUAAUGAACUGAUCAGUAAUGUUGCGGAAGUGCGGUCAGCCAACACAAGUAGCCUCGACAUGGCCACGUCUCAUGGGACUGAUAUCGCGUCAGUGCAAGAGGUUCUCCGUAAGGUUGAGGGUUCUGCGACCAACAAGUAUCAACUCUUGUGCAAACAGAUUGAUGAGAUUUGGGAAGCCCUGGAAGCCAUGGAAGCCAGUUCAUCUGAAGAGCCAGCACCACGCCUCAAAAAGGGGAAACGUUCAACUUCACUGGAGGACCAACUUCAGACACCAAAACAAGAGAGUCCCGCCUCCGAUCGUGCUGCUAUGGUGAAUAUUGCCAACACCAGUCCGGCACUUGCUUUACGGCAACAAAAGAAGAAGAAACGACCUCAUCCGUCUAGCAUAAUGAACGAGGAAAGACAACUAGAGUCCCCGAGAUCUUGCUCGACUCCAGACGAGUCCACCCCAAGGACAGACGAAACCCCGGGAUCGAAGAAGAAAAAGAAGAAAAAGCGAAAGCUCACAGACACUACUCCAAUUACCAUCGAUUAG